GCGGAGGCCGAGUGAGCGAGCGGCGCGUCCAGGUGGGGUGUUCGAGGACGAGCAGGGCCGGCAGGCGGGCCAGGCGGGCGGACAGGGCAUGAUGCGGGCAGGCGCCGGCCGCCCCUCUCCCGGUUCCUGAAUGAGGCUCCCGAGCCUGGGCCGGCCCUGGGACCGUGCGCUGCGGGUCCCAGCAUGAGUGCGGGCCCCGGCUGUGAGCCCUGCACCAAGCGACCCCGCUGGGACACGGCUGCAAGUUCUCCGCCGGCUGCCUCGGACGCCCGGAGCUUCCCCGGCAGGCAGAGGCGCGUCCUGGACCCCAAGGACGCUCCCGUGCGGGUCGGGGGGCCACCGUCCUCGGCCGCCUGCGUCCCGGGGCGGGCGGGACCGCGCAGAGGCGGCGCCACCUCCCUCGUUUUAAAACAGAAGCCUAUUACCAGUUGGAUGGACACCAAAGGAAUCAAGGCUGCUGAACCAGAGAGUUUGCAUAGGAAAGAAAACAACAAUACACGUAUAGAAUCCAUGAUGAGCUCUGUCGAAAAAGAUAACCUUUACCGACAUAACUCAGAAAAAUUAGGAAAUGCUCCUCAGCUCAGUCGUGAGCAAUCAGUCAUUGGAAAAAGCACGCAGUACCUGAACCAGCAACAGACUGAGACCCUGUGUAAGUGGCGGCUUGAGGGGAGGCACGGGGAGCCGCCUCCGGAAGGCGAGCCCCCCACAGGCACCGAGGGGUCGGAGCAGUUCAGUGACGCCAACACUGACCAGUCACCCCAGACUGAUGGGCCCAGUGACACGGACGAAGAAGAUCAUCAGCAGGUUUUGACCCCUGUGAAGCUUGCAAACGCCCGCGGGACUACACAUGAGCAGGCCAGGGAAGCCGGAAGCCAGCCAAAGUGCAACACGUCUUGCCAUUGUGCCGAAGGCUGUGCUCGCUGUCCACGGGAGGAAGGCAGCGUGCUGCCCGAGAGUCCGCUGUCGGACACGGGCCCCGAAGAUGUUGGUACCACACUGAAGAAUGACAGCAAACGAAGUGCGCGAGAGGGUGGCCUGGAAAAUUCUCCUUCGUGUGAGAAGGAAACUGAGCCAGAGUCACCAAUGGAUGUGGACAACUCCAAAAAUAGCUGUCAGAAUUCGGACGCGGAUGAAGAGACCAGUCCGGGUUUUGAUGAGUCAGAAGAUGCUAACUCCUCCCAAACAGCCAAUAAACUCUCCAGGUGCCACGCUGACACGGAGUCUAGGAAGCGGGGCUCUGCUAAGGCAGGGGAAGUUCAAUUACAUUUCCAGUUUGAAGGAGGAGAGAGCCGCACAGGAAUGAACGACCUCAGUGCCAAGCAGCCUGGAAACACUUCAAGCCUGAAUGUGGAAUGCAGAAAUUCCAAGCCUCAUGGGAAAAGGGAUUCUAAGAUUACAGAUCACUUCAUGAGAAUGUCCAAAAUGGAGGACCGAAGAAAAGAACAAUGUGAAAUCAAACACCAAAGAACAGAGAGGAAGAUCCCUAAAUACAUUCCACCUCACCUUUCUCCAGAUAAGAAGUGGCUUGGAACACCAAUAGAAGAAAUGAGAAGGAUGCCUUGGUGUGGGCUCCGGCUCCCUGCCUUGAGACCAUCUGCCAAUCACACAGUAACUGUUCGGGUAGAUCUUUUGCGAGCGGGAGAAGUUCCUAAGCCGUUUCCCACACAUUAUAAAGAUUUAUGGGAUAACAAGCAUGUUAAAAUGCCUUGUUCUGAACAAAAUCUGUACCCUGUAGAGGACGAGAACGGUGAGCGAACAGCCGGGAGCCGAUGGGAGCUCAUUCAGACUGCACUUCUCAACAAGUUCUCACGACCUCAGAACCUAAAGGAUGCUAUUCUGAAAUACAAUGUGGCAUAUUCUAAGAAAUGGGACUUUACAGCUUUGGUUGAUUUCUGGGAUAAGGUACUGGAAGAAGCUGAAGCUCAGCAUCUGUGUCAGUCCAUUCUGCCAGACAUGGUCAAAAUGGCCCUGUGUCUGCCAGAUAUCUGCACCCAGCCAAUACCACUCCUGAAGCAGAAGAUGAAUCAUUCCAUCACAAUGUCACAGGAGCAGAUUGCCAGUCUUUUAGCUAAUGCUUUCUUCUGCACUUUUCCACGACGAAAUGCUAAGAUGAAAUCAGAAUAUUCUAGCUAUCCAGACAUUAACUUCAAUCGGUUGUUUGAAGGACGCUCACCAAGGAAGCCAGAGAAGCUUAAAACACUCUUCUGCUACUUUAGAAGAGUCACAGAGAAAAAACCUACUGGGUUGGUAACCUUCACAAGACAGAGUCUUGAAGAUUUUCCAGACUGGGAAAGAUGCGAGAAACCCCUGACACGACUGCAUGUCACUCACGAGGGCACCAUCGAAGGGAACGGUCAGGGCAUGCUACAGGUGGAUUUUGCAAAUCGUUUUGUUGGAGGUGGUGUAACCAGUGCAGGACUUGUGCAAGAAGAAAUCCGCUUUUUAAUCAAUCCUGAGUUGAUUGUUUCACGGCUCUUCACUGAGGUGCUGGAUCACAAUGAAUGUCUUAUUAUCACAGGUACUGAACAGUACAGUGAAUACACAGGCUACGCUGAAACAUACCGUUGGGCCCGGAGCCAUGAGGAUGGGAGUGAACGGGACGACUGGCAGCGGCACUACACCGAGAUCGUCGCCAUCGACGCACUUCACUUCAGACGCUACCUCGAUCAGUUUGUGCCUGAGAAAAUGAGACGUGAGCUUAACAAGGCCUACUGUGGAUUUCUGCGUCCUGGCGUCGCUUCCGAGAAUCUUGCUGCAGUGGCCACAGGAAACUGGGGCUGUGGUGCCUUUGGGGGUGAUGCUCGAUUGAAAGCCUUAAUACAGAUCCUGGCAGCUGCUGCCGCCGAGCGAGACGUGGUUUAUUUCACCUUUGGGGACUCGGAAUUGAUGAGAGACAUUUACAGCAUGCACACUUUCCUCACCGAGAGGAAGCUGACUGUUGGAGAAGUGUACCAGCUGCUGCUCCGCUAUUACAAUGAAGAGUGCAGGAACUGCUCGACGCCUGGGCCACACGUCAAGCUGUACCCCUUCAUAUACCACGCAGCCGAGUCCUGCACAGAGACCCCCGACCGGGCCGGGCCAAGGCCAGCGACCUGACCAGCCAGUAAACAGGACCUCCCGCCUCUGUCCAGAGGCUCUCUGUUGGACUCGUCAGGUGCGGUGGAAGAACUGACUGAAAACAAUAGAAAUGUGUACAUAAUCUGCAUUUGUAGUUAAGGACACGAUUUCCCCUCCACGGGUAUGCGGUGGUCAGCUUGUCUAAGCGACCUCCCUCCUGCCUAAUCUGGGCCUAGCUAUGUUUUCUUUCCAAUUUUCUCAUAUCUCAAUCUUCAUUCUCUGAAUCUCCUUUUUUUAGAACCAAUCACAUUUCUGGUGAAGUAGCACCAAGGGUUGUUCGCAGCCUGUCAGGUCUCCAUCUUCCUGCCUCUGUGAGCUCAGAUUUCACACAUCACUUCUGCAAGCAGCAGAUGCCACAUGUGCCAGGAAAGAA